AUGAAGCGUCAAAGGAGCGAAGAAGAAACUAGCAGCAAUGAAAACAUAUCAGAUAAUAGUGAUGUGGACACUGAAGAUAUUAGUGAUGUGGACAUUGAAGACGAUGAAGGAACUAUUAGCAGUGCAAUGAGCGAUUGUGAAAUAUCUGAACAAAUGGAAAAACAAGUGCAAUAUGAGAUUGGCGCUAAUGGUUAUCCACGUCAGAUAUUACCAGAAAUCGAUCCAAUAUAUGAAAGUGAUUCUUCUACUGAAAAUCCAGUCAAUACCGUGGGUAAUAUACCGAUGGAAUGGUAUGAUGAUUAUCCACAUAUUGGAUAUAACAUCGAUGGCAAAAAAAUCAUGAAACCUGCUACAAGUGAUGAACUAGACAAAUUUUUGGAUAAUAUGGAAGAUCCUGAUUCAUGGUUACGUGUAAAAGAUGUUUUAUCACAACAGAACGUUAAAUUAAGUGACGAAGAAUUAGAGAUUAUUCGUAGAAUACAGAUGGGUGCAUUUCCGGAUCCAAAUUAUGAUCCGUAUGAACCAACUGUCGAGUGGUUCACUAGCAAACCAGAAGUGAUGCCACUCAACGCAACGCCUGAACCCAAGAGACGUUUCGUACCUUCAAAAUGGGAAGCAAAACGUAUAAUGAAACUUGUUCGUGCUAUUCGCCAAGGACGUAUUGUACUCGGUAAAACCCAAACACCAAAACCUCGUUAUUAUAGUUUAUGGACAGAUAAUGAUAAACCGCGCGAAGAGCACAUUAUGCAGAUACCUGCACCUAAAAUAAAGCUACCCGAACAUGAUGAGAGCUAUAACCCUCCUGCGGAAUAUUUACCAACAGACAAAGAAAGAGAGGAAUUGGAAAAGACGGACCUGGAUGAUAGAGAAAAGGAUUAUUUGCCCAAAAAAGCUGUGCCAGCAUAUGGACGGUUUAUUCAAGAGCGAUUCAAUAGAUGCCUCGACUUGUAUUUAGCCCCGCGUAUGCGAAGGAAUAAACUUAACAUUGAUCCGGAAUCACUCUUGCCUAAAUUACCUAAUCCAAAAGACCUUCAACCUUUUCCAACAUCAAUUACUCUUUCAUACGAUGCUCACAAAGGUCGUGUACGCGCGUUCUCUAUUGAUCCAUCUGGAAUAUGGUUGCUGUCUGGGUCUGAUGAUAAGACUAUAAGAAUGUGGGAAAUUACAACAGGACGUUGUGUUAAAACCUGGGAUGUGAAUGAAAUUGUGCAUUCUGUGGCUUGGUGUCCAAAUAAGGAUAUCUGUGCAUUUGCAGUUGCUAUUUUAAUAGAAAAACAAAUGAAAUUAGUUGAAUGGAUAAAACCGCCAACGGAACAGGGAGACGGAUUCCUUGUAAUUGUGCAGCACGCACAUAACAAGGUUGUCAAACAAAUUACAUGGCAUCGAAAGGGUGAUUAUUUUGCGACUGUGGCACCUGAUGCGGGCAACCAAGCCAUCUUGAUUCACCAGCUUUCGAAACAUCAAACUCAACAACCUUUUCGCAGGGCUAGGGGUAUGGUUCAACGCGUCAUGUUCCACCCUAUAAAGCCCUUAUUCUUUGUGGCGUAUCAAAGAUUCGUACGCAUCUAUAAUUUGGUAAAACAAGAAUUAGUUAAAACAUUGCAAUCAGGAGUUAAAUGGAUUUCCAGCCUGGAUAUUCACUCAAUGGGUGACAAUGUCAUAAUAGGAAGUUAUGAUAAACGAUUAUGUUGGUUUGAUUUGGACCUUUCAUCAAGGCCAUACAAGGCAUUACGGUUUCAUUCAAAAGCUAUUCGUAGCGUUGCUUUCCAUAAACGCCUACCACUUUUUGCAUCGUGUAGUGACGAUGGAACCAUCCAAAUAUUUCAUGGUAUGGUUUAUAAUGAUUUGCUUCAAAAUCCCUUAAUUGUUCCUGUAAAGGUAUUAAAAGCGGGUCAUCAAGUAGUAGACAAUCUAGGUGUUUUACAUUGUGAAUUUCAUCCUACUCAACCAUGGAUAAUAUCUUCAGGCGCAGAUCAUUCAUUAAAACUAUGGACAUAA